GUCACAAAGGAUUCUGGGAUUGGAUUACUUCCUGAAUCAUGAUUCAAAGCUGUAAGUGUUUUGCCGAAGGGGUAGUGGACUAGUUGACUGUUCUCCCGGCAGAGGUGGUACAAUAAGAUAGAGCUGUACUGUACCUCUUCACAUUCUGUUAAUUGAUGAAUGGUUUGUUUGUCUCCAAACAUGGUCUGAGGCUAUGACAGCAGGUAGGAGGAAGGUUGUACCAGUGAAAAGAAGAUCUAAAUAAUGCACUUCGUUCAACCAGAUUGUGAACACACAAAAUGGAGUCGGCUAAGCGCGUUCUUGUUUAUCUGAGUAAGGAGAGUUCUCUGCUGCAAUGUGCAAAGUUCGUCCAGAGCAUAACGGGGUACUACUCUGGGGGUCAGCAGAACAAGGUGUUUGUAAAUUGUGGACUGGAGCAGAACCGGUUCAUUAUAUCGGAUCAGCAAUUCAGCAACUCCAUUAGCGUUCAGUUAAAGAGUCCAGCCUUCUGUCCAAUCAUGAACAUCAGCUCAUCGCAAGCUGCAUCACUUCCUCAGGAAGUUCGGAAUCGAGGUGUGGACGUUGGGGUCGCUGUGCUUCUUCAGUCAAUCAACCAGAAAGUUCUUUUAACUAGAAGAACCAAAAACCUGUCCAUCUUUCCUAAUGUCUGGGUUCCUCCAGGGGGUCACAUCGAGUCAGGGGAGCAGCUCCUUGAAGCAGGACUAAGGGAGCUGCAGGAAGAGACCGGCUUGCAGAUCCACACUGAGAGCAUCUCCUGGAGCAUGCUGGGACUCUGGGAGUCUGCAUUCCCUCCCUUGCUGAGUCAAGGACUACCUCGUCGCCACCACAUUGUGGUUUACCUCCUAGUUUUAUCCAACGAGACACACCAAGAACUGCAGGAAACGUUGUCUCCAGAAGAGCAGGAAGUGAGUGCUUGUGUAUGGCUGGAUCCCUACCUGGCAGAGCAUAUUGUUGCAACAGAGGAUGGAGAAGAGGAUUCAAGGAAGGAUAUGUCAGACCUGCCAGCCACAAUCAGCAUCACAGAAGUAAAGGCUGGUUCUCUGACACAGGUAGAUAGCACUGUGGAAACAUUCCUGAACCGGGCACCGUCUGACGGGGCAGAUAUAGAACGAGUCAGCACUGGCACCAAAUAUUCUCUGAGAUUGUGGCUGGACACGCUAUCAAAACAACGUUAAAAGAGUUUGUUCCGUGAGAAUACUACUGCACAAAAGCAUAUUCCUUUGCAAGGCAACAACUUCUUCAGUAAAUUCUUAC